ACUUGGUUUCAGGCAUUGUGUGAAUGAUGCACAUGUAUGCCAAUGACACUAUUUGCUAUGAAACCUGUAUGUGCAGAAGUGCGUCGUGAGUGGCAGUGGAAAACAAAUCAUGGCCAGGCCAUUGUGGAGUGGAGCCAUGACGUUUUGGUGAAUGUGCCCAACAAACUGCUGCGCACACGACAGUACCCGCACAAAACCAUAGCAGCACCUUCUACCUCUCACACUCUCCCAUACCCCAGCACCUUGUCACUAUACUCCCACACUACUACUUGCCCUCAUCUACCCGUGAUCAUACCCCUCCACGGCCAAGUCCUCAGCGAUGUCAGGAGCUCCCCGAGUUGAGCUUAACAACACACAAACCGAUUUCGACCUAGCCACGCCCAACGGCACUCCGGAUCUCAUAAACCAAAUGGACGGCUCUCCUUCCCACGUAAACGGCAGCGCAAACAGUGAUUUGCAGAACAGCGCAAUCAAGGCAAAGAACGGAAUUCUAGAGACAGCUUCAAACGCCAUGAACGCCGCAAACAACCACCCCAGCGUGCAGAACGCCAAGCAGACCGUUAUGAACGGCCCCGUUGCACAGAAUGUCAAGGCAGAGGGCGCAAAGACCCGCGACGAGUUUGCUGAUCUGGCCAACUCCAAGACGAUUCCCGAGCACAAGGCCGCGACUGGUCAGAACCUCACUCACUACCACAGCAUGUUCUACCGCCUGUUGAGCUGGAAGAACCCUCGCGCUACCGGCAUCGCUUUUGGUGCAACCGUCGUCUUCAUCUUCGCCGCACGAUACCUGAAUCUGAUCCGCUACAUCUUCAAGACCUCCUACAUGGUACUUGGUCUUACCGCAGCUGCCGAAGUUGUCGGACAAGUGGCUAUCGGACGUGGUCUUACUUCGCAGUUCAGGCCCCGCCAGUACUACACUAUCCCCAAGGCUUCGCUUGAGCGCAUGACGGACGACUUCGAGCAGCUCAUCAACUUCUUUGUCAUCGAGUCCCAGCGUAUCAUGUUCGCCGAGAACGUCUACGUCACCGUUGCUGCUUUCUUCGCUUCCCUCAUCUCUUACUUCCUCAUCAAGUUUGUCCCGCUCUGGGGCUUGGCCUUGAUCUCGACAUUCAUCACCUUCCUCGGUCCUCUUGUGUACAUUCAGAACAAGGAGGUCAUCGACGCCCAGUUGGAGAAGGGUCUCAACAUUGCCAACCAGCAGGCUCAGCAGGUCAAAGGCCUUGCUAACCAGCACGCCGGAAACGCCAUGAAGACUGUACAAGGCUACACCCAGCAGGCUACGGCCAAGGCCCAGGAGACCGUCAACCAGUACCGCGGGCGUUCCACUUCCCCAGAGGUCAAGAAGGAGGCUUUCCCGUCAGCUCCCACCCACGCACCCGUUGCCGAGGCUGAGUCUUCUUCCGACGAGUCCGAGACCGAGGGCGAGAAGAUCGCAGCGGCCCAUCCUGCCCUAUAAGCUUGAUCUUCCCAGACCAUCUUACUCACCUCAACCUCGAAUACGCUACGAUCGAUCUCUAACACGCACACACAUCUUCAUGAUGCUCACGUAUGACGACUUAUGCUCAUCCUGAAAUUGGAAACAAGGCCAGCGUUGUGUAUCAUUCUUCCUUUAAAAGCCUUUUCUUGGUCGCGUCUCUAGUCUAGCGCCUUCUCCUGUUUUCCCCUCUACAUUGUCCUGUCUGUCAUGGGCGGGGUUCCGGUACUGUAAUCAUGGUAACAUGGGGGUUGUUCUUUCUCGUCAUGUAGUUGACGGUUGAUAUAAUGAAACAUUGUCUUCUUA